AUGGUCGCGCCGGGCGCCGCUCUGAGUGACCUUUCACCCGCGCCCAGCGGACCCGGGCGGCGGCACAAGGCGGAAGCCAUGGCGGAGGCGGCGGCUGCAGCGGGCGGGACCGGCGCGGGCGCGAGCUCGGGCUCUGGAGCUGACCGGGAUCGGGACCCAGAUCGCGCAGGGCGGCGGCUGCGGGUUCUCUCGGGCCAUCUGCUGGGCCGGCCCCAGGACGCUCUGAGUACCAAUGAGUGCAGAGCGCGGAGAGCCGCGGCGGCGGCAACGGCGGCGCCCACGGCCACUCCCGCCGUGCAAGAGUCGGGCAUCAUCCCCAAGAAGCGGCAAGAAAUUAUGAAAUGGAAUGGAUGGGGAUAUAAUGAUUCCAAGUUCUUCUUCAAUAAAAAGGGGCAAGCUGAAUUGACUGGGAAAAGGUAUCCUCUUAGUGGCAUGGUUUUACCAACUCUUAGAGAAUGGAUCCAAAAUACCCUUGGAGUAACUCUGGAGCAUAAAACUACCUCUAAAGCAUCUUUAAAUCCUAGUGAUACACCUCCUUCUAUUGUAAAUGAAGAUUUUCUUCAUGAACUUAAAGAAACCAAUAUUUCAUAUUCACAGGAAGCAGAAGAUCGAGUAUUUAGAGCUCAUGGUCAUUGUCUUCAUGAGAUAUUUUUGCUCAGGGAAGGAAUGUUUCAGCGAAUUCCUGAUAUAGUUUUAUGGCCAACAUGUCAUGAUGAUGUAGUUAAGAUUGUGAAUCUAGCGUGCAAAUAUAACCUUUGUAUCAUACCAAUUGGUGGAGGAACAAGUGUUUCAUAUGGCCUGAUGUGUCCUGCGGAUGAGACACGAACAAUUAUUUCUUUGGACACUUCACAAAUGAAUCGAAUCCUUUGGGUUGAUGAGAACAACCUGACAGCUCAUGUAGAGGCUGGCAUAACAGGACAAGAGUUGGAAAGACAGCUUAAGGAAAGUGGUUAUUGUACGGGUCACGAACCAGAUUCUCUGGAAUUUAGCACUGUGGGAGGAUGGAUUUCAACUCGGGCAUCAGGCAUGAAGAAGAAUAUCUAUGGCAACAUUGAGGACCUGGUGGUUCAUAUAAAAAUGGUAACACCUAGAGGUACAAUAGAAAAAAGCUGUCAAGGACCUCGUAUGUCAACAGGCCCUGAUAUCCAUCACUUCAUCAUGGGAUCUGAAGGAACUCUUGGUGUAAUAACAGAAGCUACAAUAAAAAUCAGACCAGUCCCAGAAUACCAGAAGUAUGGCUCAGUAGCUUUCCCUAAUUUUGAACAAGGAGUAGCCUGUUUAAGAGAAAUUGCAAAACAGAGAUGUGCUCCUGCAUCUAUUCGCCUCAUGGACAACCAGCAGUUUCAGUUUGGUCAUGCUCUUAAACCUCAGGUUUCCUCUAUUUUUACAUCUUUUUUGGAUGGAUUAAAAAAGUUUUAUAUCACAAAGUUUAAAGGAUUCGAUCCAAAUCAGCUAAGUGUAGCCACAUUAUUGUUUGAGGGGGACCGUGAGAAAGUUCUUCAACAUGAAAAACAAGUAUAUGAUAUUGCUGCAAAAUUUGGUGGGCUGGCUGCCGGAGAAGAUAAUGGACAGAGAGGUUAUUUACUCACCUAUGUCAUUGCGUACAUUCGAGACUUGGGUUUGGAAUACUAUGUAUUAGGAGAAUCUUUUGAGACUUCUGCUCCUUGGGACAGGGUUAUAGAUCUCUGCAGAAAUGUCAAAGAAAGAAUAGUAAGGGAAUGCAAAGAGAGGGGUGUUCAAUUUGCUCCUCUUUCCACAUGCAGGGUGACUCAAACAUACGAUGCAGGUGCAUGUAUCUACUUCUAUUUUGCCUUUAACUACAGGGGAAUUAGUGACCCACUGUCCGUGUUUGAACAAACUGAGGCAGCUGCUAGAGACGAAAUCCUUGCUAACGGAGGGAGCCUCUCACAUCAUCAUGGAGUGGGCAAGUUACGGAAGCAGUGGCUAAAGGAAAGUAUCUCUGACGUCGGCUUUGGGAUGCUGAAGUCUGUCAAGGAGUACGUGGACCCCAAUAACAUCUUUGGAAACAGAAACCUUUUAUAAAUCCUUUAGAAUCAUUAUGGAAAAUGUCACUUUUUUGUUUUUUAAAGUCUUCAACUAUGGUUAUACCAGUAAUCAAAUAUAUCAUGGACUAUAUUUUGGCUACAUUUGUUUGUUGGUUUAAAAUAAGUUUGUUUUCCUUCUGUAGUUUGUUUUGUUUCCACAUCUGCGGAUUGACAGAUGGUAUUCCUAAAUCUCUCACUGUAGGCAUCAGUUUACGGCCAACCGGUUGUCAUUUCAAAUAUUAAGUAGCUCAAGGCUGCCAGUUAUUUCAGAGGAAGAUGCUGCCGGCUGUUUUGUACUGAAGCUUCCUCUUGGGGAACAAAGACAGAUUUGGUAUCAUCUAUCGCUUAUCUAGCCUCUUUUUAGAACAAUGUUUCUAGAAGCAGAUAUCUAGGGAAGGAUUCCACUGAGGAGUGUUUGUGUGUGUGUGUGUGUUUUUAAGAGCAUAUUCUGUUGUGAGUAGGCCAGUAAGGGAGGAUGCUCAUGAAAGAACAUAGGCAACAUGUUACUUAGGACUUGGUUAGUGCUGUAAGGUGCUUGGCCUACAGUUUUCUUUGAAAUUAGUAUACAGUUACAAAAUCUUAAAUCAUCAGUGAACCAGUUACUCUGUUCUCCUUGUUUCUGUUGCUACUGAGGGAUGAGUUGUAUUUGUAUCACUGAGAUAACCCAAGAUUAUGUCCUACUUCACUCAUUCUAUAUUUUGUGAGAAAAGCCAACUUACCAUCAUUGUCCAUGAAGAACAGGUUUACCAUGAAGUGAAUGCCUCCGUUUAACCUAGAGUCCUCACGUUUCUGAUUUUACUUCCUUGUUGCUGAACUGCAGAAGCAUCUAUCACAGGAGCACAUGGAAGAUCCCUUACACUUAACGUCUCCAGUUGAAAGAUUGUUUGGCUAAAGAACAGUCAUUGUUCAGCUAUUAAUUUCGAAAGACUUAACAGUUUCAAUGACAAAAAGACAAAAAUCUUUUUUUUUAAAUUAGCCCAAACAACAUGAUACAUUUUCAUUAUAAAAGUAAAGUUUUGAUUUAGUUUUUAAUAAUGGUUUAAUGCCUUUUUUGAAUUACUGGUUUAACCUAAAUUUUAAAAAAUGUAAUGUAUUAAUGCAUAUACCAUAAUCAAAAGUUUGAAAUAUCCUAUUUCUUAAAUAAUGAGAUCAUUAAUCACAUUUAGCAAACAUUUUUACAUCCAAACUUGGAUAUUAAAAUAAGUGAAAUGCUUACUUUGAAUCACUGUCAGAGUUCAUGAUUCACAUUUUGAGAUGGAUUCUUUUCUUAAUGCAAUACCUAACUUUUGAUAAUUUUUUAAAAUUAAUAUUUGAUCAUAUAUAAGUCAACAUGCAGACGAUCCUUUUAAAGGACACACUGUCUGUCUAUGUAGCAACAGCUCCAAAGUCUUUUUGGGCCGUUUGAUACCUUUUAUAUCUGAAGUAGCCUUAACCAGAAAAGUGAAAAUUUAAAAUUGACAAAAUGAUAUUUUUAAGACUUCAAAAUUAUAAUUUUUAACUAUUAAAAUUGGCCUCAAGCUAAUAAACUUAAAUCUGUAAGCAAAUUAAAAUUAAAUAUUAGUUUAGCAACAAAAACUAAAUAUUUAUUUUUUAGAUGCUGCCUCUCUUCAUUGUGAUUUAUUUUUAAUUAUAAAAUGUCCAGCAAAUCUUUGCUUAAAGCCCUUGAUAUUUGAAAUUGUGUGACACUUGAUGAGAAAAUUGCCUCUAGAAUUAUAAAAUUCUCAGCUUUCUAAAAUGCUUCUAUUCAUGAAGGUAAUUUCUCUAAUCGGUGAUCAAAAUGUAAAAUUUAACAAGGUACUAAUAUCUCACUGGAAGUGUAUACAUGUUUCUGAAUAGUUUUUUUUUUAAUAAAACAAAUUCAUAAACAGAUCCACUCCUUUGCAUGUGAUUGUUACAUUCUUUCCCAGGGAGCUUGGAUUUCAAUAACCUCAGCAAUCCGUAUUUAAUAUUAGGAAGCUAUAAGUGUAACACCUGAGAUCCUUAUAUUCACUAUUCUUUAUCAGCAUUAUGGAAAUCACUGCAUUAGGUCUAUUUCUUUUUCCCAUGUAUGCAGGACUCCCCAGCCAUGAUUUUAUAAUGGUGACUGCAUUAUAUAGUUCACAUCAUUUCUACAGGGAUCACAUUAAAACACAAGAACCUUCAUCUGUACUGUUUUCACUCUGAUUUAUCAAAUCAGAAAGCCUUCCCCCACUUUCACACACCCACUUCUGGGAGGUGCCUCAGUAUAGACUUCCAGUCUGUGGAGGACUGAGCUCAUGAAUAUGCACAGAAGCACUUAAACCAGGCCUCUUCUGAAGUAUCUGAAAAUGGCUUCAUAAAGUUAAAGCCAGGAGAACAGUGUUUAUGUGAGGCUUCUUAUCUCAUUUUGAGUAUGUUGAUUUAAAAUUUUUUAAGUCUGUAGCCUAUUUAGUUUUCAGUAUUGCAUAAUACUGACUUCACUUUCUUAAAGUUGUAUUUAUAAUGUUUUACUUAAGUUUGAUGAUGUCACAUUUGGGUUGGGGUUUCCCUGGGAAUGGGAACUUGCUGCUAGUGAGAGAUGAUUUUGAAUACUAAAGAUAAUAUGAACAGGCUUUAUUGACCCUUAGAGAAAAUGUUGCCUUAAUGUUUGGUGCAAUUUAUAGUAAUAUGUCAGUGAAUUUUUGGUAACCUGAGCUAAGUAACUUGAGCUUUUUUAGUUUAGUAAGAGUUGUGAGAAGCCACAUGUUUAUUGUGCCCAGGAUUGUACCACAAGGAAAGAGGAUUAAAUUCUUUUUCCCUUCUGAAGAAUUGGGAAUUUUCUUCCUAAAAGUGCUUAUAUAUUAUAGUACUGUUACUUAAAAAUUAUUAUGAAACUGGAAGCCUUUUGGUGUGCCUAAGUUGAUACAUUUUGAAAAAACAAGUGCAGUAAAGGAUGAGCUUCCAUCAGUGUGUAUUAUACCAGAUACAGAUGGUUGCAAGGACACCUCCCCCCCCACCCCAGAAUACUGUAUGAAUAAUUGCUAAAUCCUAGCUUGCAGUUUUGAAAAUGCCUCUUGCAUGUUGGCCCAUGAGAUUUUUCUCUUAAUGUAUUCUUUCACAGCUGCUUAACCAUGGAUGAUCAGCAGAACUGUAAUCCCAACCAGAAGUGUGAUCCUUUGGCUUUUCAGAUGAGGCCGGAUUUGCUUGCACUUCUGUUCUACAUAAUUGUUGGAACACAUUUGUUUACUCUGGGUUGAUUCACAAAUUCCAUGUGCUGGUGCUUGAGGCAGUCAAAUGGGAUACUGUGGGAGGCAUAUCUGUAUUUUAAGAAACACUGAGACAGGAGUUAAGGACAGGUUUAAUAAUUUUGAUUUACCACUUAAUCUUUAGCAACUUUGGUUUUAAUCAGGGCUUAGCUCAUGGUAGGAGAAAAGUGGAAAAUGUCAAGUACCAGAUGAGGAUGGAAGAAUCUGCAGUGUUUCUCCUUUGGCUUUAUGAGCUAUGGAAGUGUGGCUUUGCUCAAGGCUUCGUGUUCCCAAAUGAGCCAUAUGUCAAUAUAUUCACUUAAUUCUUACUAAUUUCAGUUUCCUGAAACAGAGACAACUUAUACAUUGAUGUUGAAACCCAGAAAGUGUAAAAGGUUUACUUAAACUGUUGAAAUAUAGUGUCUGAUAUGAAGGAUGUAAGUUACUCAGCUUUCUGUUCCCUAAGCCAGUGUUUGUCUUCAGUGUGAAAUUUAACUGUACAAAGUACUUGUAAUGUCAAGAGAAUAUAGAAACAUAUUAUUAAUAAAAUGGACCUGGGUCUAAGAAUUCUUUUUCCUUUAAGGGGAGUGUGAAGUGGUUUAUUCUUCUCUUUGCAUAUGGGUUUUUCUUUCAACUUUAGUUUUUCAUCUUCAUAUUUACACUGAUUUGGAAAUAGAAAAUUAUUUUUAUAAUUUUAUUGAUGUAGCAUGAUCAAAUACAACUUACAAAUCCCUUUGGCUGUAUUGCUGAAAAUAUUGUUAACUAGAUUUUAUUAGAUUCUAAUUAUUUUUUAAGUCAAUAGUAUAUUCCCAGGAGGUGUUAGUCUUCUAUCAAUGUGAAGCAUCCCCUUUUCAAUCUUGAAAGACUUUCAAGAAUGAGCACUGUUGUGCUCUUCUAACCACAACAAUUAAUUUCUUCAACAAGAGUAAGGACCACUGGUAUAUAGAACAUUCGAGCCAAAGAACCAUCACAGAAUUCAGUAACUUUAGUUCUGUGAACAUGAAAUGAUUUCUUUUUUUAGUUCCCAAGGGAGAUUAUUUUAUAUAUUUUCAUAAGGAAGAGAGAUAAUAUAUUAAAUGUCAUUAAGAACAUUUUUCAGGAACUCUGAAUUCCAAAUCUGAAAAAGAAAGAAAAAAUUCAUUUUCAUUUGAAUUUCUAAGCUACAUAUGUACAUGUUUUUAAGGCAUCUUACUGUUAGCAGUGUUUUCCAUGGAUACCACAAGCACCCCAUGAAACAUGUUCUUAAUUCUUGAAGGAAUCAUAUUCACAUAUCCGAAAAGGAUGUAAUACUUGUGUUGGUAUAUGGUUUCUGUAGUUAGUUUUUGAGCUACUCAAACAAUAUCCCUCCCAAAAGUUCACAGUGCCUUGUUGGGAGCUUCUUUUUUCCAUGAAAUAGCAAUUUAAAAUGAGUAGGAGAGGAUGUCUUUAAAGACAGUUUAUCAGUUCAUGGAUAUGCCUCUUCAAGAACAUAUCAGGAAUUAAGUAGUUGUAGAACACUGAUAAGCCUUUCCACAGUUGGUUUGGAUCAUCGUCUAGCAUAUUCAACUAUUUAUGUGGUAGACCCGUACUCUCAUAUAUGCAUCUAUGGGAUUUGUACCUACUUUCCAUUCCUACAUUUUCAUUUUACUGUCCUAACCUUGUGGCCCUGAGCUGUAGCCAUUUGGAUGGCCAUUGAGACAUUCUCCACCUGCUUCUGGAUGUCAGCUCCCAACUCCCCAGAGUGGAGUCUGGGAGCAGAGAUUCUAUUCCUUAUAUUGUGUCAGUCCUUUUUUGUGUGAUGGUGCCUUCAGAAUAAUGACUAUUUCUGUUCCUGGACAAUGAUAAAUCUUAGGAGAUAUUUGUGUAGGUUAUAAUAAUUUUUGUCCCUUUUUUACCAAGCCUGUGAAAUACUUUGACUCUGAUACAACUUGACUUGAAUAAUGUCUUAUCCUGAGUCUUCCUCUAAGGCAGUACUUACUCCUGCCAGUACUGUAGUAAUCUUUUGGGAACUACAUGUGGGUAAGCCCUUGUGUGUAAGCCAUUAUACUGCUGUAACUGAUGCAUACAAGCAAUUCUCCACAUUUAUAAUCUAAAAGUGGAUAUGUAGUGGGAAGGAAAAUUCCUGAGAGAUUCCAGCAUAGCUUUGUCAAUUCAGACUGAGCCAUACUGUUUUCCACAAGGGCUCACACAUAAUCUCUAUACUGUGCUUUCCGUGUAUGUUCAGAUUCUCGUUUUACUGGCUUUUCUAGACUGUACUGUCUAUAAGCAAAUGCCCAUGUGUGAUUUUUAAGAUGUGCUGGGAACAAAUAAAACAGUACCAAAACCA